ACUGCAAUUGGCUCUUGAGCAAUUGCUGCCUCAAGUUGAUGGACAUUUACCUGAAGUUGGCCUUGGAGACUCGUGUUCUUCUCCUGGAGGUGGACCUUCACCUUUUUCACCAGCGCGAGGACAUCAAAGAGGACAGCGCUUGCCUGUUACAGCGCUCUCUUCUACUUCUUCUAGUUCUAAUAAUUAUAUAGGCUCUCCUUGUUCUCAUACGAGAACCACAGCUGCACCACCUCCAGGAGCAGUUUCGUUACCAUCACCAAUGCGAGGUGGCGGGAACAUUUACAAAAAUGGGUGGAUAGGUUUCGGUCCAGGAGUGGACGCCGACGCAGGGAUAACUUCAUCUUUAAGUGCAAGAGGAACAGGAGCACCAACUACUCAUACUGAGGUAUUCGGAGUACAACCACCUGAUGAACUACUUGCAAUGGGCCAGAAAAGGCCUAGACAAGCGAGAAGGCCUAUACAACCAGUAACCGGUACGAGAACAGCAAGCCUACCCCUCCAUCUCGGAGGCGGACAACAACAUGCUACAGGUGUAGGAGGUCCUCCACUAAUUUCGCCACCAGUAAGGUCGGUCUCCUCUUCGGACGACGUUUUUGCUUUACA